AUGGGCCUGCUCACUAUUAUACGGAAAAAUCGCCAGAAGGAGAAGGAGAUGCGCAUCCUCUUCCUUGGCCUUGACAAUGCAGGCAAGACGACAAUCUUGAAGAAGCUCAAUGGUGAAGAUAUCAUGAGCGUAAGCCCAACCCUGGGCUUCAACAUCAAGACAUUCACCCAUGGAAGGUAUACGUUAAACAUCUGGGAUGUGGGCGGUCAACGCACACUUCGACCAUAUUGGCGGAAUUAUUUCGAGCAAACAGAUGCCAUUGCAUGGGUAGUCGAUUCUGGAGAUAGAAUGCGUAUCCAAGACUGUAAGGAAGAGCUUCACAGUCUACUGCUCGAAGAUAGGCUUGCAGGUGCAUCUCUUCUGAUAUUUGCGAACAAACAAGACAUCUUUGGCUCUAUGACAGAUGAUGAGAUCACGGAAGCAUUGGAACUGCAGUCGAUCAAAUCUCACGAAUGGAAAAUCUGGCCAUGCAGCGCUGUUACAGGAAAGAAUCUAAUAGAAGGCCUUGACUGGGUUGUCAACGAUGUUGCCGGCAGGUUGUAUUACAGCUCGUCUACCGCAUAGUCGACAGGUGUCUCUUACCAAGAGCACGGGACCCGUGCACAGCGACAUAUAGACGCUUAUCAUUAUCGUCAUCAUUUUCGUCGGCAACGUCAGGAAAACGCUCCACAAAGUCGCGUCUCUGUGGGGCCAUGUGCCCUUCGUACC